UUUCUUCUUCCUCCUUCUCACUAGAAUAGCUUAGAACUCCAUUAAUGGGAGCUUCAAUACUUGUACUAUGUAAUGGUGAGGAGGGACUAAUGAGAAUGAGAGGGCUUGGACAUUAGCCUAAAAAGUCCCGUGGUUUUCUCCCUUUCGGGUUUCCACGUAAAAACUGAGCUUGUUCAUACACAUUUAUACAUAUAUUUACUAUAUCGUGUUGGAUUAAACCCAACACUGGCGCCGUCUGUGGGAAUCAGUUCAAAAAGACUAAGCGUGUUCUUCAGCUUCUACAAAAAGAAAUUCAUACGAAGUGGACUGAUUCCAGCAAAAAAGAAAGAAAAACUAUUCUGGAAAGCAAGCAGGAGAAGAAGAUCUAACGUGAAAAGCUAAGGGGAGGAAGAAAAAAUUAAAUAAAUAAAAACAUCCUGGAAAAAUGAUUUAGCAAAAAGGAGAGAAAGGAAGUAACUAGCAGUUCAAUCUGCAGACCAUGGAACAGAGGAGGAGCUUGACGUCCUUAGCAACCUCUCGUGGAGGCCUGGGGACCAUGAAGUGCAACUAUGGCAAACUGAGGUCAGCCGGAAAGACAUCGUGACGGCCGAAGCUCCCCACUCCGGCGAAGACCGGCGAAAGCCUGGAAGCAGUAGGCUGGAACCGUCCAAGAGUUCACCCAUGAACUAUGGGUAGGGACCAUACAUAGUAAAGAGUACAGUAGCCAUCUUGUACGAAAGAAAAAGUCAUAUUAAGCUACAGUAGAAAGCUGCAGGGAGUUGGCAGGUGGGUUCCACACGUACAGAACUAAAACCGUUCAUGAUGACGGAGUGCGGAGGAGCAGGUUCCCCUCCGAACAUAUCGGCCCUUCUCCGGACAAAUUCACGCACCGUUUGGCUGGACGUUCGGCCUAACAAAUGCAGUCCGGUUGACAACGAACGUCGGGGAACAGUUCGGGCACCAUGUAAGCCGGCCGCCCAGCCGGCAUCCGAAGCAUUGCCCAAUGAUUAAGCCGCUCGCCUCUCAACGCAUGUAAGCUUGUGACUGUGGGAACGACGCUCAUCCCAUUACCUUUGACGGUCAGCAAUCGGGUAAGGAGCAAAGGCCGCCCAUGGACACGAGGAGUGUGUUUAGUUUGAUCAAUUUCUCAACGGGGUGUACGUAUAGUCCGGAGCAUUUCAUACGCAUGUUACAUUUUUUCCCGAACAAACGGACCGGAGGGAGCUUGCUGUGAAUGCUUUGACUUGGGGGACGUUCGUCCAACGUAAGGAUCACAACUUGCCUCUGGAUCAUUGAGAUACCAGCUCACCGACCCAUUAAUGGUCACCCUACUCCCAGCCUUGGCUCCCGAGCCCACUCCAGGCUGAUCACCGACUACAAAACACCCGACGUACGUCACCCAGCCGUGGCGACGACCGGCAUCAGAACCCAGAUGCUCGAGUUAGAACAGGGGCCACAUCCGAUACAGUUGCCGCACGGGAUUGGAAUAGAAUUCGUCGGCGGCGUUUCGGUAAAGCCGCCCGUCAGUAUGGGCGGAAAUAUAAUCACGCACGGCCUAAAUUAUGAGACGUUCGGCCGGCUUGAAGUUGCCACUCAGCUUGAAAUUGCUGCUUUGGUUCUCAGUGAAAGAUGGGACACUCAGCUUAAGGUUGGGGUGGAAAUCAAGCACUGCAGGGCGGGUUUGCUUUUCUAAAAGAUACUCCUUAUAUUAUUGGUAUGGAUUUGAGGCCAAGUAAAAGGCUAAAUUCCUGGAGAAUUUUGAACAAAGUCAAAAGGCAAAAUGGGGGAUUAUGCUAAAUCGAGACUCUCUUGGCUUGGACGUACGUCAACUGGGGAAUUUUGGCCAAGUCUGGACGCACAUCCUUGGGUAUUUGGGCCAAGUCAAAGGAAAAGGAACCAAAAUCAUUUCGGAAAUUCUUAGCUGGCCGCACAUCCAUCCCAAGCUAAGUACAACCAUUCCUACACUCUAAUUAGUUCAUACUAGUAUUAUUACUAGUUAAUUUGUUUUAUCGCCAUUAUUUAAUAGGGAUUAAAAUGUCCCGAAAUAAAUAAUGCCGAGCGAAGUUCGGGGAUGAGCUUCCAUCAGGUUUUUAAUUUAAUAAUUAGGAGAUGAGCCGGGUCGAGGGUCAUCGUACCCCAAUGUGGACGCUCAUAUCCGGAAGAACUAGGUGAUGGGUCGGGCCGAAGGUCAUCGCACUCCGAGGCCGACCGUCAUGCCCGGAAGAGCCCCAAGCCGACCUACAAAAAAAAAUGUGCACAUAUACAUAUUGUCUGGCCAUUUGGCCGCGUUACUAUGUUCAUUGUGGAGAUUAAGAUCAUAGUCAGAUAAGAGAUGAUGCUCAAAAUGAACCUUGGUGCCAAGGCCUUGGGGACGAGCAUCCUCCACCCGGAGGCCGAGGGUCUAAAGAGAACCAUCAAGAGCCCGGGGACGAGCAUCUUUCACCCCGGAUGCCGAGGGCCCGAAGACGAUCAUCUAUCGUCCAGUGGCCUAGGCCCGGGGACGAGCAUCUUCCACCCGGAGGCCGAGGAUCUAAAGAAGACCAUCAAGAGCCAAGGGCCGUGGACGAGCAUCUUUCACCCCCGGAUGCCGAGGGCCCGAAGACGAUCAUCUAUCGUCCAGUGGCCUAGGCCCGGGGACGAGCAUUUUCCACCCGGAGGCCGAGGAUCUAACGAUCUUCCGCUCAGAGGCCAAGGGCUUGGAGACGAACAUCUUUCACCCGGAUGCCGAGGCCCCGAAGACGAUCAUCUAUCGUCUAGUGGCCUAGGCCUGGGGACGAGCAUAUUCCACCCGGAGGUCGAGGAUCUAAAGAAGACCAUCAAGAGCCAAGGGCCGUGGACGAGCAUCUUUCACCCCGGAUGCCGAGGGCCCGAAGACGAUCAUCUAUCGUCCAGUGGCCUAGGCCCGGGGACGAGCAUCCUCCCCCCCAGAAGCCGAGCGUCUAAAGAAGACCACCAAAGGCCAAGGGCUUGGAGACGAACAUCUUCCACCCCAAGAGCCAAGGGCCAUGGACGAGCAUCUUUCACCCCGGAUGCCGAGGGCCCGAAGACGAUCAUCUAUCGUCCAGUGGCCUAGGCCCGGGGACAAACAUCCAUCACCCGGAGGCCAAAGCCCGGGGACGAACAUCCAUCACCCGGAGGCCAAAGCCUGGGGACGAACAUCCAUCACCCGGAGGCCAAAGCCCGGGGACGAACAUCCAUCACCCGGAGGCCAAAGCCCGGGGACGAACAUCCAUCACCCGGAGGCCAAAGCCCGGGGACGAACAUCCAUCACCCGGAGGCCAAAGCCCGGGGACGAACAUCCAUCACCCGGAGGCCAAAGCCCGGGGACGAACAUCCAUCACCCGGAGGCCAAAGCCCGGGGACGAACAUCCAUCACCCGGAGGCCAAAGCCCGGGGACGAACAUCCAUCAUCCAGAGGCCAAAGACUGGGGACGAGCAUCCCCACCCCGGAGGCCAAGGGCAUUGAGGCGCGCAACACAUCCUGAGAUCGAGCAUGCCCAGGCUGAGCAUGUUGAGGUAGAAAUGUCCCAAGGAGACCCAACCUAGCAACUGGAGGUCGAAUGUCUCUAGGAAUAGGCCGAGGAUUGUCGCUGUAUGACGACUACGAGGUCUGCUACCGGGUCGUGCAUCAAAUGCAAAGACACAUCUAGGCCGAGUUUCUAGGGAUGAACGUCCAAAGGAAGUUGGGUCGGGUUUCUAGGGACUAAUCUUCCUAAGCAUGUCGAGCCGAGCAUCCAGAAGGAAAAUUCCAGAGCCCCAACAACGAGAGAUCGAGUGGGCUGACCGUCAAGGGGCCGAACGUCCAAGGAAGCCCAGCCUAGCAUCUGGAGGUCGAACGUCUCUAGGAAUAGGCCGAGGAUUGUCGCUGUAUGACGACUCCGAGGUUUGCUACCGGGUCGUGCAUCAAGAGCAAGGACACAUCUAGGCCGAGUUCCUAAGGGUCGAACGUCCAAAGGAAGUCGGGUCGGGCAUCCGUGGGCCGAACGCCCCAAUCCCUCGCACCCAGGCCAACGCAUUGAAUUAGCCUUUGCUCCGAAAGCCGAGGUUAUGUGCAGAGAAGGCAGAGGAAGAGCGUAGGCAAGAGUAUACUUUCUCGAGCAGAUUCGCACGCUCACUACUCAAGAAACUGGGGGACUUGUGUUGAGGUAUAUUAUCCCGGUCCGUUACUGUUCAGGAGCCCAAGGCAUCGCCCCAGCUUGGAGCCCGAAUGACAAGGUCCAUUUCAGCCUAUUAGGCAUGUUUCGGCCCCUUGGGCCCAUUUUGGGCUUACUUGGCCCAUUAGGUUAGGUUCCCCCCUUUCCCUUACCCCUAUAAAUAUGGGGCUUUCCCACAUGUUUAGGGACCCCUUGGAUCUUUUCUUCUUCCUCCUUCUCACUAGAAUAGCUUAGAACUCCAUUAAUGGGAGCUUCAAUACUUGUACUAUGUAAUGGUGAGGAGGGACUAAUGAGAAUGAGAGGGCUUGGACAUUAGCCUAAAAAGUCCCGUGGUUUUCUCCCUUUCGGUUUUCCACGUAAAAA